UCUAAACGAGUUGCUAUUAAAGAUACAUUGUCUCCAAAUGUGGUCGCUUCACUUUAGAAUCCAGCAAGGUUUAUAUCAGAGCUAUAAUCUUUUUAGAUUUGUAUACGAUAAUUUUGUUACAAUGUAAUAAAAACACGUCUAUGAUAACUGGCUAUAAUUAUAUCUGCAGUAAAUUGGACCAAAGGAAAAAUAAUACGGUUGAAGUAAUUUUGAGAUAGUAGCUCGUACCAAAUGAUAACAUUUUUGUUUUAUAGCAUUACUAAAUAUUUUAGCUUUUUCUGUAACACUUUGUUGUGUUCCUCUGAGAGAAAAAAUAUAUAUCGUGUCUCUCUAGACAUUGUCUGGUUUUUGUGCAAAUGGAAAUAAUAGUAAGAUAAGUUCAUACUAAUUAAGAAUCAGUAAAUAAUGAAAUACAUAAAUAAUAGUACCGUUUAAUCCUCUUUAAGAACAUAAUAUAUACAUAUGUGUUUCGAUCGUAGUGAAUAGAUAAAAUAAUGCUGCUCACUCACAAAAAUUCCGUGAUCUUUGCACCAGAUUACUUGAUUUGUAUACAGCCACUAAAAUAGGUAACCAAUUUUUAAUCAUUAUUCGGUGUUAAUUUCGACAUAUUUAUUUAUAAACAACGCGCGUUUAUCAUUAUACCUAGUGAUAUUUAUUAUGAAGUCAGAAGAAAGGGUUGAAAUUGAUGAUGAGGUUAAAGAACUUCGGGAAGAUGAGAACGACGAAGAAAUAACAGUUUUAUCAUGGGCAGAUGCAAUAAGACAGAUUUUAGCUUGUUGUAUGGCAAAUACCAUAGUUAUACAAGCCGGCAUAAACAUGUCUUUUAGUGCAGUUUUAUUGCCACAAUUGAAGGAUUCAAAUACCAACAUUGUCAUUGACAAAUCCCAAGCUUCUUGGAUAGCUAGUAUAGUAACAAUUGCACUGCCUCUGGGUUCAACUGCUAUAGGACCUCUUAUGGACAAAUUCGGACGAAAAAAAAUGUGCGUUCUGUCAACAAUACCAGUUUUAGUUGCGUGGGCUUUGCACGCCUAUGCUGAAAACGUUUGGUAUAUUUAUGUUGCUAGGAUCAUAGCCGGGUUCAGCGGGGGAUUGACCACUGUAGCUCUGGUUUAUGUCAGCGAAAUAGCGCAUCCAAAAUUCCGUCCUAUGCUACUUUCACUAAACAGCGUUUUUGUUACGUUUGGUAUUCUCCUGACAUGCGUUUUAGGAUUUUGGUUUAACUGGCGUUUAAUGUCGAAAAUAUUCUUUGGAUUGGUUUUCUUAACUACGAUUGGACUGUGUUUCAUCCCCGAGAGUCCCUAUUGGCUUGUUGUGUUUCAAAAUGACAAAAGUGCCUGUGCCAGAUCUUUACGCUGGAUCUAUAAAGACGACGCGCUGUACGAGCAGGCGCUCAAAAGGAUACUGGAGAGCAAGAAUGAUUUUGGUUCAAAUCAUAGUGAAGGAAUCAGCGAAAAAUCGAGUCUAAUUAACCUGAAGAACAGUAUAAAUAUAUACAGGGAGUCCGUUGUUUGGAAACCCUUUGUUAUUCUGUUUUUCCUGUUCUUGUUCCAACAAUUAUCGGGAGCGUACGUUGUGAUUUUCUAUGCGGUGGAAAUCUUUAGAAAAAUUGGGGGUGGAAACAGCAUAGACGGGUUUACGGCCUUGAUUAUACUGGGCGUGAUACGUUUCGUGGUUUCUAUAAUAUCUACGGUAACAUCGAAAAAAAUUGGUAGGAGACCUCUGAUGUUUUACUCGGCGUUUGGAAUGAUUUUGACUAGUUUUUCUUGCGGGUUUUACAUGUUUUUUCAAACUAAUAACGAAUCAAAUUUAGUAAACAAUAGUACUUCUAGUCCUAACGUACAAAAUAAUAAUGUUACGAUAUUUUUGGUCCUCGGUUACGUCUGUUUUAGUUCCUUGGGAUAUUUAGUUAUCCCCUGGACUAUGAUAGGGGAAUUAUUACCGAUAAAAGUGCGAGGGAAACUGGGGGGUCUCACCAUUUCAAUAGCGUACAUUUUAAUGUUUGUCGUUACCAAAAUUUUUCCGUUUUUAUUGGAGAUGGUAAGCAUGACAAACUUAUUUUUGUUAGUAGGCGUUAUAAAUACGGUAGGUUUGUUAUACUUGUAUUUCUGGUUGCCUGAAACUCUGGGCAAGACUUUCGAACAGAUAUCUAAACGUUUUACAAAAAAUAUAAUAAAAGGAAACACUUAAAAAAUGUAUUAUAAUUUAUUAGGUUUUAAUGUACAAAAAAAUAUUUUUUAUAGUUUA